CACGUCUCCUCUCUUAUCCCUCCGCCUCCUCCCUUCCCUUCCCCUUCGCCAAGGAUACCGAGCACCGGUCCUAACCCGAAGGCUAACCCCUCUGUUUUUGUAUUUUCUUUAAAAACAACAAAAAAACACAAAAACCGGUAGUCAGCGGGCCACCUCCAUGUAUAAGCCGGUGGAAGGAACCCGGGAAGAGGCUAAGAGGCGACCAUAAUGUCUUUUCGGUUCCAGACGCUGCCUACGGUCCUCGGAGCUGUCAAACUGGACCGCAGAGAUCUGCUCUGCCUGGCGGUGAUGGUCACGACCGUCGGGGCCGGCGCUCCCGGGACGUGCCCCUCGGCCUGCGUCUGUGCCACCGACGUCGUGAGCUGCGCCGGCGAGAGUCUGGCCGAGGUGCCGGCCGACCUUUACCGACACGUGAAGAGGCUGGAUCUGAGUCACAACCGAAUCGGGUGGCUGGACCCCGAGUGGAUGCCGGCGCUCCUCGAGCUGAACGCCUUGAUCGUGCGGCAGAAUAACAUCACCGGCAUCUCCGCGGGCAGUUUUUCCUCCACCCCGAACCUGAGGUGUCUGGAUUUGUCCUCCAACAAGCUCAGGACCCUGGGGAGCCCCGUGUUCCAGGAGCUGAAGCUGCUGGAAGUCCUGUUGCUCUACAAUAAUCGGAUCGCCCACCUCGAUCCGGCUGCCUUUGGGGGACUCCCCAGGUUGCGGAAGUUGUACCUGAGCGGAAACGCGCUCACCCGCUUUCCCCUGGACUUAUACGUUGGGAAGUUCAAGCUCCCCCAACUUGGGUUUCUGGACGUGUCCCAUAACCGCCUGUCCGCGCUGCCCAUCCACCGCCUACAUUUAGUGGCGACCAAACAACUUAGCGGCGUUUACCUUCACGGGAACCCGUUUGUCUGCGACUGUGCUCUCUACUCCCUGUUCACCUCUUGGUAUCGAAGGCACUUCAGCGCCGUGACGGAUUUCAAAAGCGAAUACACCUGUCAUUUGCGGUCAGACCCGAAGGGCUCCUCUAAGCAGCCCCUGAUGCAGGACGGCUUUUUGAACUGCUCCGACGGCAGUGCCGGCGUCUCCCUGGGCUCUGUCCACGAGGCCCAAGUUGGGGAGAAGUUCAUCGUCCGCUGCGACAGCAAACUGAGCGACUCGAGCACGGAUUUCGUUUGGAUCCUCCCGGGCGAGAGAGCCCUGGAGCCCGGACGAGAGAUGGAGAACUUCAGAGUGUUUCCUAAUGGCAGCCUGGAGAUAGAAAGCGCACGCUUCGAGGACGCGGGCGUUUAUUCGUGCAUCGCCGUCGAUAGGCAGAGACCGGUCAACGAAACCGUGGAAGUGAGGAUCAACGUGAACAACUUCACCCAGAGCAAAUCACACGCCCACGAAGCCUUCAAUACGGCUUUCACCACCCUCGCUGCCUGUGUCGCCAGUAUCGUCUUGGUGUUGCUUUAUCUCUACCUGACUCCGUGCCCCUGUCAGUGUAAAGCAAAGAGGCAGAAAAGGAAGCCGAACCAAAACAGUGUCGUUCUCAACGCGGUUCCGCCGGGCGACCCCCCGGUCGAUGAGCGGAAGCCGGGGACUGGUAAAAGAGUGGUCUUUCUGGAACCUCUGAAAGAUCCAGGACCUGGACAGAAUGGAAAAGUGAGAUUGUUCUCCGGGGAGCCCGCCAUCGCCGAGAGCAUCUUAAAGACGACCCGGGUAAAAUCGGACUCGGAUUCAAUCAAUUCAGUGUUUUCGGAUACCCCCUUUGUGGCGCCCUCUUAAAUCUUUGCCCGUGUUUGUACUGUGAUGUAGCUGAAUCCCUGCCUUUGACCUGCUUGUGCGGUGGCGGUCCAGAAAUUAAUAAAACAGAAAAAUCAA